AUGUCUGCCAACAGACCAGUCCUGAUUGCCGGCGGCGGCCUUGCAUCGCUGCUGCUGGCCCAGUCCCUCCGGCUGUCGGGUAUCCCGUUCAAGAUCUUUGAGCGAGAUGCAUCCUUUGUGUUUCGCGCCCAGGGAUACCGCUUGCGGCUGUCGACGGAGGGUCUCGACGCCAUCGAAUCCGUGCUCGACCCCCCCGCAUACCAGCGGUUCUGGGACAAGUGCGGCAAGACGGGCGGCAGCGUCUUCUCGGUCCUGGACGCGGUCACCGGCGAGCCAGGGCCGCAGCCCGAGAUGGGCGCCUCAGCACAGCAGCUGGCCUCACGCGAUGGCCGCGUCAUUGGCAUUGCGCGUGGUGACAUGCGCGCCCUCUUUGCCGACCGCUGUACCGAACACAUCGAGUGGUCCCGACAGGUGGUCGGCUACGAGCUGAGCGUCGACGGCGUGCGCGCCACCUUUGCCGACGGCAGCUCCUCUGUCGAGGGCUGUCUGCUGGUUGGCGGAGACGGCCUCUCGUCACGCAUUGCUCGCCAGCUGUCAGGUGGCCGCAUCCAGGUCUACGACACCGGUGCCCGCGGCAUUCACGGCCAGGCGUCCAGCACCGCCUUCCAGGGCCUUGGCGAGGGCGUCUUCUUGCUGGCCGACAACAGCCGUCGAGGUCAGCGUGUGUUUACCAUCACCAACGUCCGCUCUGGCGAUCGUGACGAUCCAAGCGUGCAGCUCGGCUGGACGCUCGGCGCUCAGCCUGGCGUCAUCGCGGCCCCCAAUGAUGACGACAGCAUCGUCGGCAAGCCGGCCGCCGACAUUGCCCACGCGCUCACCCGCGAUUGGCAUCCCCGCUUCCGGCCGCUGUUUGCGCAGAUGAACGAGGCUGACGCAGCAUUUUGGAAGAUCACGUGCUCCCCUCCCACAGGCGUACCCCACUGGGCCAACGAGCCGCGCGUAACCGUCAUCGGUGACGCUGCCCAUUCCAUGACGCCGGCUGGCGGCAACGGUGCCAACACGGCCGUCCGCGACUCUGCUCUGCUCGGCCGGCUGCUGCGUGAGGCCGGUGGCUACCAGCCCGGCCUCACGGCCGCCUACGAGAAGGAGAUGCGGGUCUAUGCCGGCGAGGCCGUGCGGGCAAGCUAUGCCAUGGCUGUCAGCCAGUUUGGCGUGAACAUCGAUGUCGAUACCUGUCCCACAGUUGCUUGA